AUGGAGUAUAUCCCAAACUUUGCGGUCAAGCUCGGCCGGGCGCGGGCUGGCCCGGUGCUCUCAGGGGGCAUGGCGACGCGGGCUGGCGCGCAGCGGUGGUGGUGGUUCGGUCGAGGCUGGCGCAUGGCAGCGGACGUAGACAGGCGUGGCACGGAUGUGUUUGGCAAUUUCCACGCAUGGCAACGCCGGCCUGAAGCUGCAAAGGGCGGCGAGUCGUCGAAUUGCGUGGGCGGCGCAGGAACAGGGCGGAAGCGCGGACGUGCGACGCUCAUGGCGGCGCUGGCGUACCGGCAGCAUUCGCUAUGGCCGACCUUUAAACUCGCGAGCCCGGCCAGGCACGCGGCCACCGGGCUACGUACACGACUCUCCCUCCGCCAGUCCCUACGGGAGCCGCAGCAUCCUGCAGCCCAGUCGCUCCUUCGCCGGCCCAAGAGCGAGAAGCUGCGCGUCCAUGCCGCGCUCGUCGCCGCCGGACGCGCUGCUUCCUCCACCACUGCCAGUCCUCCACCCACCGCUCGCCCUCUCUCUCCAGCCGCGCCCAGCACCAUCGCCCUCCCCGACCCGGCCUUUGCACACCACGUGCCCACCGCCGCCACAACGGCGUCCCACCCGGCCCACGCCCUUCCACACCUACCACCGCCCGCGCAUACGCUGCCAGCCCGCCCGUCCCAGCCGCCGCCCAAUCACGCCCGCUGGAGCCUGACCCAGCGCAUCUUCAACUUUUCGCCCUUCCGCGCCCCGCAACCGCUGCCGCAGCCCUCGUCUGCCGCCCCGCUCCAAGCCGCUCGCCGCGGCGCGCCCGCCUCGCGCCUGUUGAACCCCGUCAAUUCGUCGCCGCGCACCCCCGUCUCCGCGCCCUCGACCUCGCACCGCAACAACUCGCUGCCGCUGGGCCCAAACGUCCCCAUCGCCGCCGACCCGCCCCCGCUGCCCACCUCCUCCGACGAAGGCCGCGACGUCUACCCGUUGCUGCCCCUGCCCGAGUCGCACCGCCACAGCAAGGCCCACAGCAGCCUCGUCGUCGAGCCAGACAGCGGCCGCGCGAGCGUCGGUCUGCCCAGCGGACGCCGCAGCCUGCUGCUCGAGAGACAGAAGCAGGACGACCCACAGCCCGCAUCGCCCGUGACGAGCAAGAAGGCAGGAAAGAGCCCGGUCUUCGCCAUGGAAGCCCCCACCGCCGCCAAGAUUGCCGGCCUCGACCAGCCCCCGCGCGACGACAGGCCCACGAGCAUCAUCUUGAACCCCGACGAUCCCGAGGCCGGCCACCGUCUGCACCACUCGGCCUCGCGCGCCACCAUGCCGCACGAGACGUUUCGCUCGCGCCAGCCCUCGGCCGUGACCUUUCCGGAGCCGUCAGAGGCCGGCGACGAGGACGAGUACGCGUGGGGCCCGUCGCACCCGUGCUUCCCGCACCUGAACCCCCACGUCCCCAUCACGUCGCCGCUGUACAGCACGACCCGCGUCAUUCGGAUCAAGCGAGACUGGAUGAUUGCCGGGGAUCUGGCGCCGACGUUCGCAAACCUGUACCCGGAAGUGCUUGACCCGCUGAUCACCGAGGAUCAGUUCCGCGAGAUCAUCAAGAAGAUCAACACGCAGUUGCAGAUGGCCUUCGACCCGGACACGACACGGGCGUGGGUCGACGCUCUCAUGGGCGCCGCGACGCUGUGGUUGUGGGAGGACCUUGGACUCACGGGUGUGAAGAAGACGUUGAAAGAAUUGGAGGAGUGGAUGGAGCAGUGGAACCGGACCGAGGGAGCGAAGGAGGGCGUUAAGCUUAUCCCGUUGAGGAGAACGGGGUAUUUGACGCUUGACAUCCAAAUUCCAGACCCGCACAUCGGCCUCGAACAGUCCAACGCAUCGAUACGAUCCAGGCCUGUUACUGGCGCAAUGGACACGAGCGCGAGCGGUGCGCCUCAAUUGCCUCAGAUCGCGACAUAG